GCCACUCUCGGCAGCUGUCAGAUUCAGGAGGUUCACAUUAACGGCAAAACACGGGCUUGUUUAAACAACAAGACAGAUGAAUCUGGUCUAUCUGAGCAGAAUUGUUCUCCUAAGUAACAGAGAGUGCUGAUAUUCCCCAGCCACCAGUUGACCCACCCUGACCCCCAUCCCAUCAUCACCAUGGAGACUGCCAACAACUUCGUGAUGAUCCAUGGGAAGAACAUAUCCCAUAAUACCUUGGCGGGCUCUGCUGCAGUUCCCCACAUGUCCAUCGACAAGCUUUUCCCAGCUCUCCUUGAGUGCUUUGGCAUCAUAAUGUGUGGCUACAUAGCUGGCAGGGCAGAUAUCAUCACAGAGAGCCAGGCGAAGGGUUUGGGGAACUUUGUGUCUAAGUUUGCUCUCCCAGCUCUGCUCUUUAAAAACAUGGUGCUGUUGGACUUUGGAGAUGUCAUCUGGGCGUUUCUCUGGAGUGUCCUGGUCGCCAAGGUGACAGUGUUUGUGCUGGUAUGUGUGCUGACUCUGAUGGUGGCCAGUCCAGACAGCAGAUACAGCAAAGCUGGCCUGUAUGCCAUCUUUGCCACGCAGAGCAAUGACUUUGCUUUAGGAUACCCCAUAGUUGAUGCUUUGUAUCGGAGCACAUAUCCAGAGUACCUCCAGUACAUCUAUCUAGUUGCUCCGGUCUCCCUCAUGCUCCUCAAUCCCAUCGGCUUCGCUCUUUGUGAGGUGCAGAAGUGGAGGCAGGCCAGCCAUUCACAGCACAGCACUCUUGGCAUUGUGGGAGUUGUAGUCCUACAGGUGUUGAAGAACCCCGUAGUAUUCAUGGUGGUAGUAGGAAUCAUUGCCCACUUUGCCCUGGGCCAGCAGAUCCCUGCUGUUCUAUCGGAGUUCAUAGAUGGCCUGGCUAACUCUUUUGGAGGGGCGGCUUUGUUUUACCUUGGCCUCACUAUGGUUGGCCAGCUUAGAAAACUAACCAGAGACACUGGAGUUGCCUUGAUUCUCCUCAUCACGGCCAAACUACUGGUGAUGCCACUAGUCUGUAAAGACAUGGUGGAUAUUCUGGAUGUAGGAGUGAACAGCUCAAGUGCCAACCACACUAGUUUGUCUAACUUUGCUUUCCUAUAUGGAGUCUUCCCAACUGCACCCAGUGUGGCUAUCUAUGCUGGACACUACAACAUGGAGCUAGAGGUGGUAACAUCAGGGAUGGUAAUCAGUACAUUUCUGUCUGCACCGAUCAUGUAUGUGUCGGCCUGGUUGUUAACAAUUCCUCUAAUGGACCCGACACCGCUGGUGACAGAACUUGAAAAUGUCAGCUUCAACAUCAGCAUUGUCUGCCUUCUAGCACUGGUGUGGACCAUAAUAGUGAUGUUGCUAAGCAGGAAAUUUAACAGACUUCCUCACCUCUUUGCCUUAAAUCUUUUCCUGGCUCAGUUUUUGGUGUGUGUCAGUAUGAUCCUGUGGAACUUCUUGGCGAAAAAAGAGGAUAAUCUUCUCGGCAAAAUCUUUACCUUCACUCUGCUCUAUGGGUCUCUGUACAGCACCUACAUUUGGACUGGUUUAAUCCCUCUUUGUCUGGCUCUGACUAACAGAGAUGAUCUGCUAAGACUCCGACCGGGAGUAUUCAUGAUUUUGGGUUGGGGGAUUCCCUUCCUGAUGGUCGGAGUUCUCCUGAUAUCAGGAGAGAGGACUGAUACCAUAGACUCUGCCUUUUUCUAUGGCAGAGCUCAGAUAAUCAGCACAGCAGUGGUGCUUGCAGUCAGCCUGAUGCUUGGUGCAAUAUCUCUCAUGGGUCUCAGCCAGGGAGACAGGGAGCAGAGGGGCUACCAGGCCCUUAGCAGAGCUGCUGUAACAGGUAUCAGUGAGCUGAGGGGCCCUGGUGGCCUGGAGGAUCCACAACAACAACAACAACAACAACAACAGCCACAGACAGCAGAUUCACCUGACUGCAGCAUCAACUCAGACCUCCACAGUUUCUCUCCUCUCCAGACCUUACCGGACAUGAUAGCCAGCACGCAGCGGGAGCACACAAACAGCACAGGCCACAGUGGGGGGCUGUUUGACGGGCAGCAGCAGGGUUCUUCCUCCUCUGAGCAGCCGCUGAACCUGCCGCCACCAGGUCCUCAAACCACUGACGACAAGCAGACAGUCAGACACGUUCUCCUCUGUCUGCUGCUGUUUGUCAGCCUGCUAGCGAACCUGUCCAGCUGUCUGUGGUGGUUGUUCAACAAAGAUCCUGGAAGACUUUACCUUGAACUACAGUUCUUCUGUGCUGUGGCGAACUAUGGACAGGGUUUCCUGUCCUUUGGGAUUUUUGGUCUGGACAGACACCUCAUCAUCCUGCCUUUUAAAAAGAGGUUGCUGGGGCUGUGGCAGGGCAGAGACAGCGAGGAUUUGAGUCCCUCAGGUGUACCAGAGGAGGUCAGGCUCACUUGUACCCAGUUUGUCCGCUACCACAAAGACCAGUGUGUACAAGACAUAGUACACACACGCAGUAAUCUUUCGCUGCAUCCUCUUUGCAUGUCAUCUAUCUGUUCAUCUGUUUUGCUGCAGUUGCUAAGGUUUGGAGAAGGAGGACUGGAGGAGGUGGCUUUGAGACAGUCCCCCUCCCAUCAGCCCCAGUACCUACACCCUCAUCAGGAUCCUCAGGAGCAACUAAACCACGAGGCGCAGAAUCUGCACCAGGUUCACCAAACUAAUGAUCCAGCUGAAUCCUGCAGCAGUCAUUUGCUUCCAUCCCAACCCUGGCAUGGGCCUGAGAAUGAACACCAAACACAUAUUUCCAACUCUGAUAUCCCAGAGGAGCAGAUUUCCCAGCUCCAGGGUAACCAAACUAAUGACCCAGCUAAUCGUGACCACCUACACCAGCAUGCUCUUCUUUCGAGUCCACUCCAUCCCCACCAACACUCUCAGUCGCGUUUAGAAAGAGUGUUUGGGGGCAGUGACUUGGUGGAUUGGCUGAUUGAGCGGGGCCUUUGCGCCGGGCGUGCCGAGGCUCAACUGUAUGGCGUUCGACUCCAGCUGGGAGGAGUGUUAGAUCACCUGACAGGUCGGCGCCGCUUCAGGGAUGAACCCACCCUGCUGUACCACUUCACACAGGAGAGAGAGGGGGGGAGAGGUUAUGGACGGCCGGAGAACAUGUGAGAGGAAGUGAGGAGAAAGUCAGUGCAAGGAGGAAGAGGAUGGGAGAAAAGAAGGGGGAGACAGAAAAGCAGGCGGUACCAAACGGAAACCACCACAGCUGAGGGCCAAAGAGGAAGUGCCUUAAGGUGCAGUUUUCCCAACAACCACUGGAUACUGGCUCUGGAAAA